ACCAACAGGCAGCAGCACUGGAAGUGGAGCAGUCAGGACUUGAACCGGUGCCUGUGAAGGAUGUCGACAUGGCAGGCUGUGAUCUCACCACUGCCCCAUGGGCUCAGAGCUCCCUGCAUCCCUCGGAGACCUGGCACAGGGGCAGAGGCAGAGGGCUCAGCGGCCAGCCGUGUGUGCAGCGAGGCUGUGACCCUCCAGUGCUGGGCAGGGCAGUUGCACUGAGUCACGCGACAGCCCUGGGAGGCUGCCUGGGUAUUAUCCUCUUACAAAGGCAAGGACCAAGGAGAGGAGCGGCCAGGUGCCUGCCAGCGGAGGGGCUUGUGUGUGGUCCAGCCUCCUGGCUCCCAGCGCAGCUUGGCACCUGCUGGGAAAGCAAGAGCCUGCUCUGUGGUUCUGCCUCCAUAGGAAGCCAGUCCCAGGGCGUCCACAGACACUAAGCCACACAUGCUCUGGGCUCUUCCGUGGGAUGCCGUGGUAGUGCCUGCUGCCCGUGGUUGGAUGCUCCCUGGAUGACUUGCAGCCCCUAAUGCCAUGGAUUGCUGUAUGGAUGGCUGCUGUGCCAUCCGUGCCAUGUAAGGGGCACUGACAACGAGAGGUCUGUGCCCAUGUGGUAUAGACCAACUGUGGAGUGCAUGUCUGCUGCAGCCUAGCACUUCUGCAGCCUCCUUUGUCCCCAGCCACUCACCCCAGCUCUGUGAGGGGGACCUCUGUGUGACCUGUGUGUGCUGUCAUUCCAGGCCCCAGGGAGUGCCCCACCGCCCGCCCCUCUCUCCAGUGACCGGCCAUCGUGGCCUGCAGCCCCCGGCCCCGCCAUGGAGGACGGGCACGGGCUAGACCUCACCUACAUCACGGAGCGCAUCAUCGCCGUGUCCUUCCCCGCUGGCGGCUGCGAGGAGUCCUACCUGCGCCACCUGCAGGAGGUCACGCGCAUGCUCAAGUCCAAGCACGGUGACAACUACCUGGUGAUUAACCUUUCAGAGAGAAGGUACGACCUCACGAAGCUGAACCCCAAGAUCAUGGACGUGGGCUGGCCGGAGCUGCACGCACCGCCCCUGGACAAGAUGUGCACCAUAUGCAAGGCCCAGGAGUCCUGGCUCAACAGCGACCCCCAGCACGUGGUGGUCAUCCACUGCAGGGGUGGCAGAGGCCGUAUAGGAGUGGUCAUCUCGUCCUACAUGCACUUCACCCACGUCUCAGCCAGUGCUGACCAGGCCCUCGACAGGUUUGCCAUGAAGAAGUUUUAUGAUGACAAAGUCGCAGCCCUCAUGCAACCCUCUCAGAAGCGGUACGUGCAGUUCCUCAGCGGACUCCUGUCGGGCGCUGUGAAGAUGAACACCUCGCCUGUCUUCCUGCACUGCGUGGUCCUGCAUGGCACCCCCAGCUUCGAUGCCGGGGGAGCCUGCCGGCCCUUUGUGAAGCUCUACCAGGCCAUGCAGCCCGUGUAUACCUCAGCCAUCUACAACGUGGGCCCAGAAAGCCCCGGCAGGAUCUGCCUCCUGGUGGAGCCGGCGCAGCUGCUCAAGGGGGACAUCAUGGUGAAAUGCUACCACAAGAAGCACCACACGGCCACCCGCGACACCAUCUUCCGCCUGCAGUUCCACACGGGGGCCGUGCAGGGUUACCGGCUUCUGUUUGCAAAGGAGGAGCUGGAUGGCGCCUGCACAGAUGACCGUUUCCCUGGCUACGGCAAGGUGGAGUUGGUGUUUUCAGCCUCACCUGAGAAGAUGCAAGGGUCUGAGCAUCUGCACAGUGACCACGGAGUGACCGUGGAUUACAACACGACCGACCCACUGAUCCGCUGGGACUCAUAUGAGAACCUGAGCACAGACGGAGAAGUGCUGCACACCCAGGGCCCCGUGGAUGGCAGUCUGUAUGCCAAAGUGCGGAAGAAGAGCGCCUCAGACCCUGGCAUCCCCAGUGGCGCCCAGGCAGGCCCGGCCGCUGGCAGCCCAGACCAUGGCGAACACACGCCAUCUCUGAGCAGUGACUCAGGCCACUCCACGGCCUCCGUCAGGACCGACCGGACAGAGGAGCGGCCGGCCCCGGGCAGCAGCAGGGGCCUGAGCCCCCAGGAGAAGGCGGAGCUGGACCAGCUGCUCAGCGGCUUCGGCCUCGAGGACCCAGGGCACCCGCUGAAGGACAUGGCAGAGACACACGGCCCGCCCAGCGGCACGCGGCACGUGGUGCCAGCCCAGGUGCAUGUGAACGGCGACCCCGCGCUGAAGGAGACAGACAUUCUGGACGAUGAGGUGCCACAGCACGACCUGCACAGCGUGGACAGCCUGGGCACCCUGUCCUCCUCGGAAGGGCCGCCCUCCGCUCUGCUGGGCCCCUUCCCCUGCCACAAGAGCAGCCAGAACUCACUCCUGUCUGACAGCUUCGGCAACCACGUGGGCGAGGAGCCGCACUGCACGCUGGCCCCCGAGCUGGGCCUGGGCCUGGUGGACAGCCUGUGCGAGCGGGAGCGGCUGUGCAGGGGCCAGGAGCCCAGGCAGCAGCAGCUGUCUCUGCGGAAGCCCUCGAUGGCGGCCCCGACGCAGGCCUAUGGGCCUGAAGGCUACUCCACGCAGACGUGGGUACGGCAGCAGCAGAUGGUGGCUGCCCACCAACACGGCUUUGCCCCUGCUGCGGAUGGCCCCGGCCUCGGGCAGGCCCUGCCCAGUGUCCUGGUCAUCCCCGCCCGUGGGGCUAGCAACAGAGUAACUGUCCAGAGGACCUCCUGCAGCGCAGGGGUGCCUGUGCGCGACACCCAGCCACUGGUGCCCAGCCAAGCCUGCCCGAGCAGAAGCACAGGGGACAGGGUCGUGAAUGGAACCAGCCAGGAGCUGGGUGCCAGCCCCUCCCCGGGCUCCCCUACCCUGGACAUCGACCAGUCCAUUGAGCAGCUCAACCGGCUCAUCCUGGAGCUGGACCCCACCUUCGAACCCAUCCCCACCCACAUGAAUGCCCUGGGCAGCCCAGCCAAUGGCUCCGUGUGUGUGGACGGCGUGGGAGGCGCGCUGCGGCCAAGCAGCAGGCUGCAAGGUGCCUCCAGUGACCAGCCCCUGGGUGGAAGACUCCGGAAGCUGAGCCUGGGUCAGUAUGACAAUGAUGGCGGGGCGCAGCUGUCCUUCUCCAAGCAUGCAUGGGGGAAGCCUGGUGUGGAUGUGGCCUCUGGCCUGGUGCCUUUCUCAUCUCCCACAGAUGCCAAAGAGAUGGUGAGCUCUGCGUACCCACCGGACCUGGACAUGCAUGAUGGCAGGGUGCUCCGUGGCAUGGAGCCUGUGUGUACAACCCCAGGAUUUGCCAUGUCUCCAGAAACACCAUAUAGGCAGAAUCCCGUGCGAUACCCCCUGUUCAGCUCACCCGAGCCCCUGCGGAGCAGCGCAGCCGCACUGCACCAAGGAGGGCAUGAGCCCCGAGGCUGCCCCGAGAGCCUGGGUCACACCGUGGGAAUGUCAGAGAGACCCCUGGGUCCUGUGCCCACCAUGCUGGGGGCCGAUGCCCCUGGAGCGCCCAGCUUCCAGCAGACAUUUGCGUCUUCCUGCAAGAUCUCCAGCAAUGGCCCUGGCCCCAGGAGAGAGAGCCCGUCUUCUGCAGACCGUCCGUGGUUGGAGAGCAGCCCCAAGGCCAGCCUUGCCCUGCUGGGAAACAGCCGGCCCGCAGGAGGCCCCCUCGGCACCCACACAUUCCCCGGUUCCAGCCAGGACCCCACGGGAGUGUCCUGCGUCCCGCCCUCGGAGUUCCAGGCCUCUUUCCACAGCCAUGAGCUGCCCCUGGUGGAGCCACCCGAUGCCCUGUGCACCCCCAGUGGCCAGGCCUUCCUAGGCUUUGGUGCUGCCCCCGGGGGUAGUGGUCUUUCAUCCAGGGAGGACCUGGAUACCGCACGGGCCAGUUCCCUCGGAGCAUCCCCCGUGCCUGGCACCCCGCUGACCGCAGCGAGCACCACUGACCACAGCCUCCUGACCCACAACUUCCUCACUGCGGCCUCGGGACACGGCCACCACAGUCCCGGACUGCCAGGCCAGGGGCUGAGCCUACCUGGGCAGCCACCCCUCCCAGAGAAGAAGCGGGCCUCAGAAGGGGACCGCUCCUUGGGCUCUGUGUCCCCCUCAUCCAGUGGCUUCUCCAGCCCCCACAGCGGCAGCACUGUGAGCAUCCCCUUCCCCAGCACCCUGCCCGACUUCUCCAAGCCGUCAUCGCCGGACGGGACCCCGCUGCUGCCAGACAGUCCAGGCGACAAGAUGGUGAUCGUGAAAUUUGUCCAGGACACAUCCAAGUUCUGGUACAAGGCGGACAUCUCCAGAGAACAAGCCAUCGCCAUGCUAAAGGACAAGGAGCCUGGGUCGUUCAUCGUGCGUGACAGCCACUCCUUCCGUGGUGCCUACGGCUUGGCCAUGAAGGUGGCCACACCACCCCCAUCCGUCCUGCAGCUGAACAAGAAAGGUGGAGACUUGGCCAAUGAGCUCGUCCGGCACUUCCUGAUCGAGUGCACCCCCAAAGGAGUACGGUUGAAAGGCUGCUCCAACGAGCCCUACUUCGGGAGCCUGACGGCCCUCGUGUGCCAACAUUCCAUCACGCCCUUGGCCUUGCCCUGCAAGCUGCUCAUUCCUGAGAGAGACCCGCUGGAGGAAAUCGCUGAGAGUUCUCCCCCGACGGCAGCCAACUCGGCGGCUGAGCUGUUAAAGCAAGGCGCAGCCUGCAACGUGUGGUACUUGAACUCAGUGGAGAUGGAGUCGCUGACCGGGCACCAGGCUGUGCAGAAGGCCCUGAGCCUCACUCUGGUGCAGGAGCCGCCACCCGUGUCCACAGUCGUGCACUUCAAGGUGUCAGCCCAGGGCAUCACCCUGACCGACAACCAGCGGAAGCUCUUCUUCCGGCGCCACUACCCUGUGAGCAGUGUCAUCUUCUGCGCUCUGGACCCGCAGGACAGGAAGUGGAUCAAAGACAACCCCUCCUCCAAAGUCUUCGGAUUCGUGGCUCGGAAACAGGGCAGUGCCACAGACAACGUGUGCCACCUGUUCGCAGAGCACGACCCCGAGCAGCCAGCCAGCGCCAUCGUCAACUUUGUGUCAAAGGUCAUGAUUGGCUCCCCAAAGAAGAUCUGAGAGCCCCUCGCAGGCCAGCCGCGCCGCCGCCCAGAGCCCGGGCCAGCAGUUGCUAGCGAGGCGUUGGCCCUCACCUUGUACCAGACUGAUCGUGACGACCUUCUGGGCCCUGGCAGGAGGGCCUUGUGGCUCCACGGACACAGAAUAAGUGACCCCAAUUGGCCCUUCUUGCGAGUGGCUGCUUGACCAGUACCUGCCUGGGACCAAGUGCUUCUGGGUGGCAGGAGCCAGGCCCGCCUGCCCAGGGUCCACAUGGAAGAGGGACAUGCAAAGUGAUGGUAUGGUAGGCAUGCCAGCCUGGGGUUCCUGGCACCCAGACCUGUGAGGUGAGGUGUGCCCAGCCCCCGAGGCAGGUGCCGGGUGACUGCCGGACCUGGCCGUGCCCAGGCACGCACACGCCCUCCUGUGUCUGGGCUUGGAUCUUCCGGGACAGAGCUGGUGAAAGUGACAGGCGGAUGCAGGUGUGAAGAAGGCUUGCGCAGGUCAGACCCUUCCGGAGCACGGCAGGGGACACACGAGGGCCCGUUGUCAUGGGCUGUGUGAGGUCGGAGCCCUGCUCCGUUCUGUGUGUAGGAACAGGGCCAGGGAGAGCCCAGAGAACUCGAGAGGAAGAGAGGGACACGAGAAUGGCGCUUCUGUGUAAUUUAUAUUCUACUCAUGCCAAAUUAUUUAUGACGGUUUGCCUCUGCUGCACUGCACCAGUGUCAGCUACUGCGUCCCGCCCAGCUGUGGGCAGAAGCUUGUCCCUGUGCGGGACACAGGCGCCUGCUUCCAAAGUAGAGGGCAGUGCCUUAUGGUCCCUCCACGGGCGGUGCCCCAGUUGUCUGCCCCACCGCCUCGCCUGAAGAUGUCCUUUUGUGCACAGCCAGCAUUACCUGGGUGACGCCAUGGCCCAGCUUUGGCUUCAUGGCAAAUCCUGAGUGUGCACUGGCUGCACCUGCAGGGCCUCUGUCACUGCUGGGACUGAGGGACAAGGGCGAGGCCACGGAGGAGCAGCAGGGAUCUCGGGAUGUACAGGCCAUGUUCCAUGAUCCAGUCCUGACCGUGCUAGCCACGUAACCAGCUCAGUCACUUCCCGCUCAGAUGCGUGACCCAGGGCCAGGGUUUUCUCGCCUGGUGAUCUGUGGUCCAGGGUGUGGGAGAAGCCAGGGUCCCUAGAACUUGACCCAAGUGACAGGUGAGCUGGGUCCCGUGGAAGCCAAGCCUGGAUAUCCCGCGCCGGGUGCUCUGGGGCGCACGCACCAGCCCGUCGCAGUCGCCCUGAACACUGUCCCCUGCAUUCCUCGCAGCGCUCGGGCCAGCUUCCCGGCGACAGGAGCCAAGCCGGCUUUGCACGAGGCUUUGUGAGUUCUGCGGUCUGCCAUGAGGGCGGGUGGAUGAGCAGAUCCAGUCCAGUCACGGUGGGCAUGUCUGUGUGUGAGAGCGGGUGAGCCGUUCUGCUUUGUAGCUCCUAUCAAUUCAAACGCAAGUGCCUCAUUUCUGUGCCAAAUAUUUGCCUUGUUCCCGGUCACAGCCUGACCCUCGGAGGCCCCAAGGCCUUCUGCAAUGGCGUCCGAUGGGGACAAGGGUACAGGGGUCUGGGCUGUCCCUGCGGUGUCUCAACCUUGCUGGGUCGCAGAGGGCUGCAGGUCAGGCCCCUCGCCCCUCUGCUGCUCGUGAGGGCGCAGGCGUGGUACGCAGCCGUCGGGGCCUCCAAGGAGGUCACUUUACAUCCCCAGGAACUGGCUGCAUGCGAGCUCCCCAGGGAGCCCAUCUCAGAAGGACCGCUACUUGUGUGUUAUGUGCCAGUGAGCAUGAGACGAGCCAGCUCCCCGACCGUACUUGUGCAGGUGACACACGACGGGCGUGUUUCCAGGGCUGCCGGGGCCCACUGCCCCACGCAUAGCGGUGUGUGCUGUGUUAGGUGUAACCGUGGUCAAGCCGCACAGCAUGGAGAGCCUCGCACUGGCCCCGACCUGCCUGACCCGUUGGCGCGUGUUUUUACCUUUCUGAUACUGUAAAGAGUAUAUCCAGUAUGUAAAUGGUCUAUAAAGCCUUUGUAUAGUCGUUUUCUCUGCUCCUUAAUCGUCACUUCUAGGUGGAGUGUAAUAAAACGACGAAAUUGGUA